AUGAUUAUCAUCAUCGAAGAGAUCAUCCCGCUUGUCGUACUCUACGCGCCAUUUGUGCUCCCCUCGACGUGCCUCCUCCCGUCGCAGAAGGAGCGUAUCGACGCCAAGCGGCGCGAGAAGCAAAGGCUUCGUGUACUCGCCAGCAAGCCGCUCUUUGACAGGCUGCGCGCGCGCAUGCUCGCCAGCCCGGCCACCCCUGUCGCGGCCCUGCUCGACCAGCCCACCCUCGUUGCCCUGAACGGAGUUCUGUCCUUGUCGACGUUGGGCCCAAACGCACUACGGAUGCGGCGUCUACGCCAACAUUUGUCCGCGAUUGCACAAGACGAUGCGCUGUUGAGGCACGAGUCGUUUGGCAAGAUGCUCAGCCACGCUGAAUUGCGUGAUGCUAUUGAGGAACGAGGAAUCAUUACCGAAGGCCUCUCACCCAAGCUUUGGGAAGCGCGCUUAGAAUCGUGGCUUUCAAGCGUAGACGGAGAGGAGGAUGCCUUCCGGCAUCGUGUAUUGCUGGUUGCUAGCAACGGUGCGGGCAAGUUUUGA